CCGAUCAGGUAUGUGUAAAACCUCAUAUUUGAGGUAUACUCGAUCGAAUUCAGGUUUAUAUUUGAAGUGAUACCCUAUCGGGUGUGUCGGUGUACCCGAUCGGGUAUAGAAACUCGAUCAUGAUCAAAAUCUUCCCUGCAUGUUCGUUUGUCUUCGGAUCUGAUCCGAUUUGAAAUUUAAACAAGAUACCCGAUCGAGUAUAGGUCAUACCCGACCGGGUAUGGACCAAAAAAUCAGGAUCUUCCUUUUUUCUUUUGAUUUUGCACCUUCCUUCCACUUUUGGGGUUCACCGACUGUCCUUUGAGUGAUCAAGACCUGUUUGAGCUCAUAAUAAACCUAAUCUAAACAAUUUACAAGUAUUUAAUAAACUAAACUAUUACACCAAAAGUGUGUAAUUUCCAAAGUAAAAAUCAAUCAAAACUAAUUAAAAACAUAAACAUACAUAUGGAAAUUACAAACGUAUCAACUCCCCCACACAUAGUUCUUUACUCGAUAUCGAGUAAAGUAAAAUGUUUCCAAAUGGUCCAAGAGUUUUAAGUAAGAAAGAACAUAAAAACCACCAAGGAAUUAUAAAAUGUUUUACAAAUAAGACAUUCUUCUUGAGUUUUUCAGUUUUCUAUGCUCUCGCUUUCUUCCUCUUCUUCUUCUUCUUCUUCUUCUUCUUGAGUCUUCUCAUUAUCCAAAGAGAUCAAAUGAGUGCCUGCAAAAACAAAUAUUUCUCUCAUAUCUCUCAUUUUGCCUAGGAGCCUUUUCAGGUUUUCAUCCUAGCAUCUCUUUUCAUUUUCCACUCUCCCUAACUCACUCUUUUUUUGUUUUAUAAGCCCUUUUUGCUUAGAUUGCCCAUUUUUGGGGGUUUUCAACCUAACUAGCAUUUCUUUUUUUUUAUUUAUUCCUUUUUUUGUGCUCAAAAAUACUAAAAGUAAAGAGAAACAUGCUAGUUUCAAGGUAGAAAAAAAAGAAAUUUACAUACCAAUGAGUGGUCUCCCCCCUUCUUAGCUUGAGGCAUUGUCCCUAAUGCCUGCCUUCUCCGCCAUAGUAGCCACCUCCAAAGCCGCCACCAAAGCUGCUAUCAAAUCCGCCACCGGUGCCGCCAUCCCCCAUUGUGUCGUUGCCUCCACCACCGGAGCUUGAACCGCCAAAGCUACCCCAAUGAGCGGGGUCGUACCAAGAGGAUGGUGGUGGAGGAGUGGCCAUAGUAUGAAAAGAGCCUUGAUGGACGAAGUAGGAGUACAUAGGUCCAUAAAGCCUACGUUGAUCCUCCUCAUAGCGGUGGUUGUCGACUUCCCGGAGCUCUUCCAUCCGUUGAAAACCCGCUCUUUGGUCCUCCUGAAUUUGAGUGAGUCGGUCCCCCAUGGCUAUGUAGUUUGUGUUCAUUUGGUUGUACCUCGCAAGUAUUUGUUGUUGACCCUCCAAAAUUUGUUGAAAAUAGUUGGGUGGUGGAGGGUCUUGAGGCUGCUCGGGGAUGUCUACGUCCAUGUCUUCAUGAUCAUGGGGUCCGGCACAAGGCUCGUCCUCGGGUUGGUCAUGUUGAGGUUCUUGGAGAUGUGGUGGAAGGGUGUGUGGGAAUAGAUAGUGGGGCACCUCGACCUCUACUUUGUAUAAUAGUUUGGGGAGGUCUGGGCUAGGCAUGGGGAAGUGUUUGAUCGGUUUUGGGUGUAUGAGCCAAUUGUACAUGUUUUUCGGUUGUUCACCGCCAUACACCAUGUGGGAAAAAGCUGUGCAUCCUGAGUGACCCAACCAAGCCAUAUUCAUCAAACAAUAGUCAGGUAUAGGAGAGUUAUCCGUAUACCCGAACUUUUUUACCAAGUGCAUAAUUACCCCACCCACAACAAUGGCCCCUCUUGUCGUGCUUUCUUUUUUCAAAUGUGCCCACAUUAGAUUGCACAGAUUACAAUCCACAUGGCGACGGAAUAAAGCUACAGACAUCAAGCAUACAUCCCCCAUCCUCAUGUGAUGAUUGUUGGGGCGCCCAAGCAAACAGUUUGCUAAAAAUUUCAAGAAUAAUCGGAGGACAGGGUGUUGGACAUGGCUAAUGUACAAUUGGGAGGAGCUAAAAUUCACUUCACCGGUCAUCUUUGUCCAAAGUGAAUGACCGAAAAUGGUGUUAUCGGAUAUGGUUCUUUCGUAGGGGACAGGGAUGCCAAAAUGUUCGACAAACUCAAGUUUCGUUAUUGAAUAGUUUUGGUUGAACAAACGAAACCUGAGUUUGUCAUCCCUAAAAUCAGCCUCAUCACUUUCAAAUUUCACCGAACUCAGAAAUUCAUAGAUAAUUCGUUCAUUAGAGUUGUAUUUCAUUUUGAAGAUACGGUCCAUAUUCAACUCAUGAAAGAAUUUCCUAGUACUCUUAUACACUCCUAAUUCACGAAGAGCAUCGUGGCAUAGAAAACGGGAUGGUUUUACUUGCCUUGCAAUUGUGGUGAGGAAUCGAGCUCGGUGUUCGUUGUCGGCGAAAUGGAGGUCCUCGUAGCCUGGGAUGGGUGCCAUAUCGUUGGAGCUCUGCCCUUUGUCCUUCCUUGGUGCCAUUAUGGUGAUUUGAGAGCUUAAAAUCCGAAAACUAAAAAUGGGGGUAUGGUUUUUUCGGACCUUUGGAAAUUGGGGGAAAAUUAGGUUGGUUGGUAUGGGUGUUUAGAGGAGAGUGAGGGGAGUAUUUUGGUGGUGGAAUGAGGUGAUUUGAUGGAGAAAUGAGGGAGACAUGGUAGAGAGAAGGUUUGAAAAUGGAGGUUGGGGAAGGGUUGUUCGAAAUUUGGGUUGGGAAAUUGGGGAAGAUGAAGUGAAUUGGGCUAUUUUGGGGUUAAAAUGCAGGUGUACCGAUCGAGUAUUGUGUUAUACCCAAUCGGGUAUAGGAGGCAGUGUGUUUAGGGCUUCAGUUUUCCAGGCUUACCCGGCCGGGUAUUGUAUUGUGCCCGAUCGGGUGCUGGAGGCAGGCUGUUUUGGGUUUAAGUUUUCAAGGCUUACCCGACCGGGUAUGAAGUAGCACCUGAUCGGGUAUGUUUCUUUUUCCACAUUUUGAGCCCUGUACUCGAUCGAGUGCUGGGAGCAGGUUCCAUUUAGCUUCGCCUUUCUAUGUGUACUCGACCGAGUAUGUAAUUGUACCCGAUCGAGUAUACAUGCAUUCUUGAAAAAAUUAUGCUCCUUCGAUCGAGUAGUGACUCGGUUCCCCUUUUUUAGCCAUACCCGACCGAGUACUAUGUGGUACCCGAUCGGGUAUAUCCCCAGAUCGUCGGAAACCUGCAUUUUCUUUCCCUCCAAAGAUGUGGUUAGUGCCCUCUCUCACUCAUCUCUCAAACAAUUAUGAAAAAUGAACUUUAAACACUCGAAAUAAUGAAAAAUAAAACUUGGGUUGCCUCUCAAGAAGCGUCUAAGUUAACGUCGUGGCCCGACGUUAUUCAUUUUUUUUCCAGGUGGAAUCAUGAGUAACCCCUUCUUCAAAAACAACGGCCUUGUGUGGCCCUUUUUUAUCUUGUUAUUUCGGUCUUGUUCAUUUAGACCGGAUUUUCAUUUUAGUUACCACCUCAAUUUCCGAUGGUUUCGAUUCAUUUUCAGAGGGUUUAUUUAAUGGUGACUUGUCUAGUGCUUCCUCAAUGAUCAAGAUUGAUUCAUUUUUUUUCUUUAAAUGGAGUGAUUUUUUAUAGAAUUAUAAAUGUUAUAUUCUAUUUUUCUUCCAUCAAAUUCCAUAGUUAAAAGCCCGCUAGAUACAUCGAUUUUUGAACUAACAGUUUUUAAGAAUGGUCUCCCUAAUAAAAUAGGGACUUCAUGUCUAUUACUCUCCAUUUUAAUCACAUAAAAAUCAGCAGGGAACACUAGAUCGCUCACCGAGACAAGUACAUCUUCCACCACCCCUUUUGGAGAAAUAGUUGAUCCACCGGCUAGUUGGAUUAUGACGCCGGUUUUCUUUAAAGGGCCAAGGUUCAAGGAAUUAUAAAGAGUAUAGGGAUCACGUUAAUUGAUGUCCCUAAGUCCAACAUGGCUCCAAAAGUGGUGUCUCCCAGCUUGCAUGGUAUAGUGAACAUGCCUGGGUCAGUGCAUUUUUUUGGAAGUUAUUUUUGAAAAACUGCUGAGACAUGUUCACUAAUUUCAAUUUUCUGUUUUCCCUUUAAGUUUGGGGUCCUCUUGAUUGUGCAUAAUUCUUUUAAAAAUUUGCAAAUCGAGGGACACUUUUAAUUGAGUUGAGGAGGGAGAUAUUUACCUUGCAUUUGGCGAAUGUAUCGUACAUGUCUUUGUCUUUUUUCAGCGGCCUUGUCUCCCUCAAUGCUUCGGGAAAAGGAGGUUGUGGUUCGUAUGAUGACACUGGUGGACUCUUUGUGUCCAUCUCUUCCGGUUGCUCUUCCUCUUGAAUAUCUUCCUCUUCAUCCUCCUCUUUUUCUUGCACUUCUUUUCCGCUUCUCAACAUGAUAGCAUUAACAUGGUGCCUUGGAUUUUAUUCUGUUUGAGAAUGAAGCUUUCCGGAAUCUUUUGCUUCAAGCCUGCUUACGGCUCCAGCUAUUUGACUCACUUGGCUUUCCAAGUUUUGUAUGCUAGACUUGGUCUCAUGUUGAAAUUGAACCAUGUUUUGUUGCAUGGUUGAGACAUUUGAGGUGAGUGCUCGGAUCAUGUCUUCAGUGGACAUAUUUGAGCUUGAAAUUUGGUCUUGGUGAUUUGGGAAAGAUUGUUGUAAGGGCUGACUUUGUUGUGGUUGAGGGUUCCCAUAUCUCAAAUUCGGGUGAUCUCUCCACCCGGGAUUGUAGGAGUUAGAGUGUGGAUCGUACCUCUUUUGUUGAUGAGUUUGGAAACCCAAAGCAUUGGCUUGUUCUUCUUGAAGAGUUGGACAAGAAUCGGUUGGAUGCCCCUGCUGUGUGCAUAUGUCUCAGACCUUGACCUCUUGGUUUCUAGGAUUUAAAAGAAAAUCCUUAACCAAAGAAGUCAAGCCGGCCAUUUGACUUUCCAAAGAUGAAUAUGAUUCCGCUGCGGCAACGUUUCGGAUUGAGGACCGCCCGGUGUAAUGCCUAGAAUUCUCGGCCAACUCUGAGAUGAGGUUUCUUGCUUGAGAGGGAGUUUUGUUGACAAUACCCCCUCCGCAUGCUGCAUUAACCAUUUGUCUAUCAUGCUCCGCAAGACCAUCAUAAAAAUAAAGAAUGAGGUCUUGCUCCGUAUAUCCAUGGUAUGGACAACUAGCACAGAGCUUUUUGAAGCGCUCCCAGAAUUCAUAAAGUGAUUCAUCAUCACCUUGUUCGAUAUUGCUUAUUUGCUUCUUUAAAGAGGAGGACACGGAGGCGGGAUAGUACCUUUCCAAGAAGCAUUUCUUCAUUGCCGCCCAUGUGUCUAUGCUUCCCGAAGGAAGAUAGAAGAGUCAAUCCUUUGCGGUGUCUUUUAGUGAGAAUGGAAAAGCCCGCAGUUUGAUUUGUUCUUCCGUCACACCAUUUGGACACAUGCUUGUGCAAAUGAUGUGAAACUCCGAGAGGUGUUUGUUCGGAUCUUCUCCUCUCAAGCCAUGGAAGGAUGGCAGCAGAUGAAUGGGCCCAGAUUUUAGCUCAAACGUAUUACCCUCAUCGAGAGUAGGGAAGGUAAUACAUAACGGUUGUUGGUUCAAGUUUGGAGCUGUGAGCUCCCUCAGUAUUCUUGUUUCAAGAACCAUGUGAAAGGACUCUUCGGACUCGCUAGAACUAGAGCUAGAGGUGGAUGAAUCUCUAGUAGAUGAUUCCUCCGAGUCGGUGUUUGAAAUUUUACUUUUCAACCGCUCGAAAGUUUGUUCUAUUUUGGGGUUUGAUUGGUAGGUGAUUUUGUUCAGUGAACAAUAUUUAACCAUAUACUUCAAAGCUCAGAAAUAGAAGAAUAAGAACUCUUUAUAUUUUAUUUAUAUAUAUAUAUAUUUUGAGUUUUCUUGAGAUAAAAAAAGAAACUAAUUGUCUUUCCCCGACAACGGCGCCAAAUUUGACGUGCACUUGUCGUGAGGUGCACUCAAAAUAAAUACAAUACAACGAAUAUACGUAGUAUAAUGAAGUAAGGUUCGUAUCCACAGGGAAAUGAAUACUUUUCUUUUAUAAGAAUGGUAACAACGGGGGUUUUGAUUGCGUGAUGAAUUAAAAAUGUAUUUAAACACUAAGAUGAAUGACUUAUAUGAGUUUAAUUAAUAGAUAUGAGGACUUGGUUUUGCUUUUAUCCACUUAAUGAAAUGUUCGCCGAUCCCGGUUAUAUCUUUAACUAUCUUCCUCUCGAAUACUCAAUCGAGGAGUAUAUCCAGUUCAUCGAGGGUAGUUAUUAAUAACGAGACGCGUCCAUUAAUAAAACUUAAUACCGAGUCAAUAUAGAACACGCGCCGUAUAUUAUCCCGAUAGUAGCAAUAAACUUAAGAUGAAAACGAUUGAGAUUGAUAACCUCAACACAAGCGAUUUAUUGGUUUAAUCAAUAUAAUUAAUUCCCCCUAGAUUAUUAACCAUAAGACGCAUGCAUUAAUAAUCAAAGUUUUACUACCGUUGAAAGAACCGAAUUAUUAACAAGCGUAUUAAUCGGUUGAUUCUAGUAAUAAUUAAUAUAUGAAACAAAACUAGUUGAUCCUUUAAGUAAUGCUCAAAAUAUUAAUAUGGAAUAUGAAUAGGAAAUAAUUAAUAUUCAAGGAAGAAGAUUAAAGAAAAUAACUCACAACUUACAAAUUCAUUAAGCUUCAAAGUAGCAAAACCAAGAUGGAAGAGUUUAGCUCUUCAUUUGGAGACUAAACAUGAAGAAAAUAUAAAGAAAAAAUUAGUCUAGACUGAGCUUAGAAGUAUAUGUGAAUUGGUGAUCUAAUUGUGAAAGGAAGGGGGUGUAUUUAUAGACUUUUGGGGAUGUAGCUCGGAUACCCGAUCGGGUAUAUACAUGGUACCCGACUGGGUAUGCGUGAAGUGCCAGAUUCGAGGUAUACUCGAUCGAUUAUGGGAUUUAUUACAUAGGCAUACCCGAUCGGGUGUGUUCUUGUACCCGGUCGGGUAUGGGUAAAAAUUCAGGUUUAUAUUUGAAGUGAUACCCGAUCGGGUGUGUCGGUGUACCCGAUCGGGUAUGGACACUCGAUCGUGGUCAAAAUCUUCCCUGCAUGUUCCUUUGUCUUCAGAUCUGAUCUGAUUUGAAAUUUCAACAAGAUACCCGAUCGAGUAUAGGUCAUACCCGACCGGGUUUAGACCAAAAAAUCAGGAUCUUCCUUUUUUCUUUUGAUUUUGCACCUUCCUUCCACUUUUGGGGUUCACCAACUGUCCUUUGAGUGAUCAAGACCUUCUUGAGCUCAGAAUAAACCUAAUCUAAACAAUUUACAAGUAUUUAAUAAACUAAACUAUUACACCAAAAGUGUGUAAUUUCCAAAGUAAAAAUCAAUCAAAACUAAAUAAAAACAUAAACAUAUAUAUGGAAAUUACAAACGUAUCAAUAUGAAAAGAAUACCAAGGGUCUAUAAACUAAUUUGUUGUGAUUCUGCUUAAUUAGGCUAUGCAAAUUUGUACUAAGAGAGAGCCGCAUAUUCCCUUCUCAAUACCCUAUUGUGUAAUUCGAAAUCUUUGUUUGGUAUUAAAUCGGAUCAUCGUUUCUUCUGUACUCGAUAUAUUUUUUGUAUGAGUGUCGGAUGAUAUUGGGACUAUCAAUUUGCCAAGCGUGAAAUCGAUUGAAGAAUUUCUGAAAAAUUCGGAGUUGACCGAGAGAAUAUCAGACAAAGAACCGCUAUGUUAUUUUUGUUUUCAUUGUUUUAAAGAUUUAGCUGCUGUAAUCUUGUUUGUGAACGAAAAUCUGUAAAAGUUAUACUGUUGGAAUCGCCAUCAUCUAACGAUUCAACAGAAUACCUAAUUUUUUUAUUUCUGUAAUCUUUACGUUUUGAAGAUCUCGACAUUGAGAUCUCGAUAUCAAGGUUUGUACAGGUUACAUGAAAGAUUUCGACUUGAAAUUGAUACACGAGGAAUCUGGACAUUGAGAACUUCUCGGAACAGUUUUAAGUUUUUCACAAUUCGAAAUUUUGUAUUUGAAGGAUCUCGAUAUUUUAGCUUCGAGAAAGGAUCUCGACAUUUAAGGUUCGAGAAAGGAUUUCGACAUUUAAGGUUCGAGAAAAGAUCUCGAUAUUCAGAAAGAACGACAAGGAUCUCGAUAUUCAGGCUUCGAGAAAAGGAUCUCGAUAUUUUAGCAGAUCUCGAAGAUAUAGCAAAUCUCGAAGUUCACGUUCUCGAGUUUUAGGAUCUCGAUAAGCAUUUCUCGAGAUUAAGAUUUCCGGAGCCCAUUUUAAAAAAAGGAAAGAGGGGGGAAAUUUUCUUUUGAGAACCGCUAAUUUUUGCAGCAUUUGUGUCCGCAGGUCGCCCGCGCAGGGGGGUGCGAAUUUUUGAUUUUGAACUGAAAGCCGAAAUCCCAUGUGUGCGAGAGCUCCCCUCUUCUCCUUCACCUUUUACUACUAAGAAAGGAGUGGUUCCUAUUAAUAUGCUCAAAGGUUCCCAAGGAGUUUAGGUGUGGGAUUGUUAAAAAAAUUCUUUUUCUCCUUCUCUUGGAUAAGUGCAUUUCAAUUUUUGAGCUCAAAUCAGAAGAGGUCAAUCUUUCACUCAAAGCUUCCAAGAGUCAACCUUGAGAUUAAAAAAAAUAAUUAAAAAAAAUCUCAAGGUUAAGUCUAUUUUUUCUCAAGGUACAAGCCACAUUUCAAGGUCCAGAAAAUUGCAGAAACUUCAAUCAACAUCACGUCUACGGUCAACAUUCAACAACCAACAAUGGAUGCUUCUAGCUCAUCAUCAUUAUGGAAGAACAUAUGUGCUAAAGUUUCUGAUAUGUCUGAGGUAAGCAAAUCUGAGAAAGAUACAAUCAUCAAGGAAUUAGAAGAGAGAUGAGCAAAUAAUUACAAAGUUUUACUAAAGUAAAUGGAUAAAUCCGCCUCAUUGAGCAUACAACUGGAAAACUCAAAAGAAGAGGUCAAGAAAAUUACACUUGAAAUAGAAGAGCUAACACUCAAAAUAGCUGAUCUAACUUUUAGAUUGCAAGAAACUGAGGCAGAGCGAAACACUGAAAAAGCAAAAAAAUAUUUCCUCAAUAAUAAAAAAAGUGCUCUCUAUCGUAAAAUCAAAGAACUUGAGGAUCUUCUUGCAACAAGAGGUCAAACAGAACAAACCAUUUUCUUAAAUCAAUAAAAAGACAUUCAUUUCUACAAUACCAAAGGAGUUGGUAUAAAGAAUCCAUGUAAUCUGAAGAAAGUGGACUGUAUUCAACUUUAUGACUUGGAUUACAUGCGUCUUGAUUUGUUUGAAAAGAUGGUCUAUUUUAGUGAAGAAGAGACACUUGAGGAAGAGGACAAGAAAAGGUCUAAUCCUGCGGUUGAAAUUUCUUGUGAUUAUGAUACUUUAAAUGAAAGAUAUGAAACAAAAGAACAAGAACUUUCAACUGAUGAGAUUGUGAGUUAUUAUCCUCCAGAGAAGGAAACCGGGACAAAACAGGAAACCUACUCACCAAACACUCAAACCGGGACAAUUGGUAUCUCAAAGUUUGGAGGUGAACCCUGUAUUUCCCCGCUGACACAAAAAAUUCUUGAUUUACACAAGACUUUAGAAAAUGAAAGAAAAAGUUUUAAAGAGGAAAGAGAAUAGCUCUUGAAAGAAAUAUCCUUGUUCCAAACAUCCUCUCAAUCAAGCACAAGCUCACAAUCUCCUUCUCCUCCAUCAUCUGAGAACUGUUCUGAAAAUUCAACAGAUGAUCCUGAAACAUUCACUUCUCACUUUGAGCCACCUUCACCAAUGAGGGCUCCUGUGAAGAGGAGAGUGGAAAGAAGAGGAGAAUGAAUAGAGGACAAGUUAUGAAGAAGAAAGAAGGCAGAAGAAUCUCAUCGGAAGGAUAGGAACUGAUGUUCAAGCGCUCUGUUUUAUGCCAAGAAAAAGAUAUCCACUAAGAAUCAUCAUUUGAGCUCUUCUUCUCCAAAUUGGAUUAAACCAAUAAAAUUCCGCUGCUCUGAGUCUGAGGCCUCCUCCAACCAACUCAAAGUGUUUGAAUGUUCAGCAAAAUCCAAAUAAGUCCGCUUCCGCAAAGGUGAACAUUGGGGGGAGUAUAAAUUACCAUGCUUGAAGUAUCCCCUCAAAGUUCACUCACUCAAACAUUUGAGAAGACUCUAAGGAACCAAUUCUUAAAGACUACUUGUCUGAUCAUUCCCUCACUGAUAGUGAAACCUCUCCUACUCUCAAGCUCAGACAAAAGUGGGUUCCUAAGGCUGAAGCUGAAAAACUAAGAAUGUCAAACUCCUCUCAAUCAGCUAGCCUAGGAUCUCAAAUUAAACAGAAGGUGAAACAACUCUUCAAUGCUGCAAAGGAAGGACUCAUCUGGAAAUGGGUACCAAAACGUACUUAAGCUGCCUUGAAGGUCCGUCAUGUGUGGUAACUGGUCCGAUUGCUCCACACACAUGGCGGGUAUGAAGACGAACUGUGAGCAAUCAAUAGGUGCACAUUAUGAAAGGGAAUACUGGCGCGUACACUCCCGAAUGAGCUGAAAGUCAUCAAAUGCACACCUCAACACCAACACGUGCCAAGAACAAACAAUGAGUGUAUAUUCUGAGGGGGUGUUUCUUUUUCACUCCUCCUGGUGCCAAACAACGAAGAAAGCACAUUCCAAGGGGGAGUUUUCUACUUUACUCUCGGGGAAACAAACAACACAACUUGCAACUUCUGAGGGGGAGUUUCAUUUUUCUCCUCUUGGUACCAGACAAUGCAAAAUGCAAGGAUUCUCUCAUAUUUUGAGGGGGUGUUUUCAAAGUUCUCCUCCCAAGUGCCAAACAUUGUUGAAUGCAUCCUGCUGAAUGCUCCAGUUGAGGGGGAGCACAGAGAGGAAAGAUCAAAGAGAAAUGAUAGAUAAGUCUCAAUGGCUUAGCAAACCCAACUAAGCCUACCCAAGCCUUUAGUGAGGGAGUGAGUGAGUGAGUGAGUAACACUAUGAAAGUGAGGAAGCAGAAGGCUCAACUGAGCAAGAAAACAAUAUUCAAAGACAAGUGUGCUACCUCAACUGAGCGAUCAACUGAAGAAUCAAUCCUAGUCACUCAAAUAAUCCAGACAAUUCCCCAUAGGUACAGGACUGAAUUUAUUCAGAUCCCGGGUAUAAGUCGUUACAUCUUGUCCAACAGCGCAUGCACAACCCUACCCUAGACCACUCAUCUAUUUCCCAAAAGAGAAGUGUUUCAUCAAAAUUUCAUGGGGAACCUCAUUAUUUAUCACUGUCUCCUUCUGAGGCGACUGAUACUAACUACAGUGGCCCACAGUCCCAUGCCACUAGACUUUCAUUGACCACGUCGUGUCUAGUUUUCACACUCCCAAAUGUUUUUAUUUUUCUAGGACACAGACACAUUUUAGAGUCAGUUGCUGGUCUUCAAGACCUGCGAGAACUUCCAUAGGACUCAUCUAUUAUGGAUGUAGACCGAUGAUUGGAUGGAAGUCCUGAUGUUGCAGCAUAGAAAUCACCAACAUUUUCAGGUCAUUCCUAAAGAGUUCAUCUCUAUAGUAAUGAUAACGGGUGUCUACGCGACCCCGGGGGCUACAAGUUUUUCUUUGCAUAUCCUUGUGAUCAUGCCAUAACGACCAGAGUGACAUCUACUUCUGAUGCCUCACGAUGAUCGGUCGGAAGUCCUGUCAGAGCUAUAAUGCUUCUAUCAUUUUAUUCAUGCCACAUAUCAGUAUUUACAUUGAUACUGUGAUAACGGAACACCUCAAUGUUUUUGGACUUUAGUUUUAUUUUGCAGAAUAAAGAAUAAAUAAAGGCAUGACACCCCUAUUUAUUGGAUCGUCAUGAGGGGGAGAGUGGUCCACAUGCUGUUAACUCUCAACAAAUCAUUCUGAAACACUUGCCUCCUCCAACAAAUCCUAUUAUAUCUCUACACCAACCAGCUUCGAAUCAAAUGGUCAGCUACGCUCACAAGUGGAUCAUUAUUUUCCGUUGUGCCACCGACAAGUUCUCCUCAAAAGCAUUCACCUCAAAUAGUAAAAAAGACUACAUUGUGGAGGAGACAUGGGUCAGAUACUCGUAUACUGAAGAUGAAUCCCAUGUGCGUCUGCAAUUCUUCAAGAACAUUCAUUCUAGAGGCGCCACUGGACUUCAUCCAAGCUGAUCAAGAGCAACUUCUGAAAGGUAAAGACUAGAUGCAAGAUACUGAAGAUUUCUCAACCCCCGACAUCAAAGAACAAAUUGCCAAAAACACAUCAAAGGGGAGAUUGCAAAUAUUUCUUUAGAAAGCCUUCUUAAGAAGUCAAGUUCAAAGACAAAGGAAGCUGAAUAACAACAAAGACAAAGAUAUCUGCGCUGCAAUGCUGAUUCAACACGAUUGAACACCAAGGGGGAGUGUUGGGAAUAUUUUAUGUUGUCCAAUCUAUUUAAAUAUCUUUGUAUUUGUGUGGUUAUUAAUUAAAUGUGUAAUAUGGGCCACAAAUGUAUUUCAGCCCAUUAGCCCACAUGUAAGCCUUAAGUUAGUCAUUCUUAUGUAUAAAAGGAUACUAACUUAAGAAAACCCUAAGCCUUUAAUGCACAUAUUAUUCUAGAGUAAGAGAGAGCUGCAUAUUCACUUCUCAAUACCCUAUUGUGUAAUUCGAAAUCUUUUUUUGGUAUUGAAUCGGAUCAUCGUUUCUUCUGUACUCGAUACAUUGUUUGUAUGAGUGUUGGAUGAUAUUGGGACUAUCAAUUGUAGUGUGUAUUAUUUAUCGGUUUAAUCCUUUUAUCCUACUAAGAUGUUUACUUGCAUUGCUCUUGGAACUUUUGUAACACCACACUUAUAUAUUUGUACUAAUGGAAAUGUUUAGUCUUCUUUUUGAACUUGAUUAAGGGGAAAUUUAAAAGUAUUUUUUUGUUAGAGAUUCAAAAUCUCUUGCAGUCCCGUGACUUGGCUGACAUACCAUUGCUACCUAAUGACGACAUCCCUCGCUUGAAGAUGUGCUAAUUCAUUAAGAGUUGCAAUAUAACAAAUUAAAUUUGAUGAUGAAACAUACAAAGUUGUUGGCCUUGGCCAAAAUGACACGUGAACGUGUGGUGUAUAACAGAGUCAUGGAAUUUGUAGAUCCUAGAAACGGGGGCUUAUA